AUGUCCCGAUUCCUCCGAUCCGCCAGCCGCUUGGCUGUCAACGCCCGCGUCGCAAGCCCCCGUACCUCCUGCUCUUCGUUCCUGUCUACCGCAUCCUCGAUAUCACCAAAAUCCCUCCGCCCCGCCACCUCCACCCUGCUUCAGACUCGGACGUACGCCUCCUCCGGCACCAAGGAGUACACCGUCCGCGAUGCGCUGAACGAGGCGCUGGCCGAGGAGCUCGAGGCCAACGAGAAGAUCUUUAUCCUUGGUGAGGAGGUUGCUCAGUACAAUGGUGCCUACAAGGUGACCAAGGGCCUCCUGGACCGCUUCGGCGACCGCAGAGUCAUUGACACCCCCAUCACCGAGUCGGGCUUUUGUGGUUUGGCCGUUGGUGCCGCGCUGAGUGGCCUGCAUCCUGUGUGCGAGUUCAUGACCUUCAACUUCGCCAUGCAGGCCAUCGACCAGAUCAUCAACUCAGCAGCCAAGACUCUUUACAUGUCCGGCGGCAUCCAGCCCUGCAACAUCACCUUUCGUGGUCCCAACGGUUUCGCCUCCGGCGUGGCCGCCCAGCACUCGCAGGACUUCAGCGCCUGGUACGGCAGCAUUCCGGGUCUCAAGGUCGUCUCGCCAUGGUCAGCCGAGGAUGCCAAGGGCCUGCUGAAGGCCGCCAUCCGCGACCCCAACCCGGUCGUUGUGCUGGAGAACGAGCUCAUGUACGGACAGUCUUUCCCCAUGUCUGAGGCCGCGCAGAAGGACGACUUUGUGCUGCCAAUCGGCAAGGCCAAGAUCGAGCGCGCCGGCAAGGACCUGACCAUCGUCACUGUGUCGCGGUGCGUUGGCCAGUCUCUCGUCGCCGCCGAGGGCCUGAAGAAGAAGUACGGCGUCGAGGCUGAGGUCAUCAACCUGCGCUCCAUCAAGCCCCUCGACCUCGAGGCCAUCAUCAAGUCUGUCAAGAAGACACACCGUCUCAUGGUCGUCGAGAGCGGCUACCCCGCCUUCGGCGUGUCUGCGGAGAUCCUGGCCCUCGCCAUGGAGUAUGCCUUUGACUACCUUGAUGCCCCUGCCCAGCGUGUCACAGGCGCUGAGGUCCCCACGCCCUAUGCUCAGAAGCUGGAGGAGAUGAGCUUCCCUACUGAGCCUCUCAUCGAGCAGCACGCUGCCAAGCUGCUGAAGCUCCUGUAAGGGAUGAGCAUCGAUCGGCCGGGGUCGACAACAGAAGGACGACGGAUUUGAGGCGGUUUGUUGGCCAGUCGUGCCGACUGCACAGCAUACCGUUGCGAACGGAGCAGGAUAACCCGAGCGGAGGGCAAAGUUGAUUGAUAUCCAGACCUACUUCAAAAAAAAAAGGUGUGAUGUCAGUCGUGAAAUAACGGAUCGGCGGCCCUCCUCCUUGUCAUUGGUUAGUUGGCAUAGACU